AUGUUUGCUUGGGGGAUCCUCUUCCCCAUUGGAAUGGUCUUCGGUCUAUCCAAGAGCCGAUGGCACGUCCCCACACAAGUCCUCGCAACCGCCCUCACAAUUCUCGGCUACUUCCUCGGCCACAUGCAUCGCGGCCGCCAAUUCAAUGCCAGCAACGUCCACGCCAUCUUCGCGACCCCUCUAUUCUUCAUCCUCGCCGCCCAGGUCACCAUCGGCAUCUACCUCAAGCUGCACCUUGAAAAGGGCAUCAACGGCCGUAUCCGCCGCCUCGUGCGACCCGCCCACAGCAUUCUCGGGAAGGCUUUCCCCGUCAUUUCGUGGGUGCAGAUGAUCUUCGGCGGCAUCACGACACUGGGGUUCUGCCAGGGCGAUCAUCUGGGUCAGUGUGUUGCACACUUUAUCAUGGGCGGCGCAUUCAUCGCCUACGGUAUCCUGUUGACCAUCCUCCUUGUUGUGGGGCAGCUUUGGAUUCGGCGCACUGGGAGGUCGCAGGAGUUUUAUGAUAGCAGCGUCAUUGCUGCUUGGGGCUGCGUCAACACGUUCACAGAGCAUAGAUGGGGAACUGAUUGGGUUAAGAACGACUGGCAGCAUACCACUAUGGGUGUCAUUUGGUGGUGCGCCGGUCUUGCGGGCAUCUGGCUUAGCCGCGAUAGGGACGGCAACCCGAAGCGCAACUUUGUUCCUGGGUUUGUGCUCCUUAUUACUGGCUGGGGUAUGUCGGCGCAUCCGCAGGAGCUGCACACAAGUGCCGCGGUGCACACGACGUUUGGAUAUACCUUGAUGGCGGCGGGGUUGUCGAGGAUUAUCGAGAUUGCCUUUGUGCUCAGGGAUAAGAUGAGUGUUGCGGAGGAUGGAAGGCAGGCGAAUAGCUUCCAGUACAUUCCCGUUUUUCUCCUUUACGCCUCCGGCUUCCUCUUCAUGGGUGCCACCGAAGAACAAAUGGCUCUCGUCGAAACCUCCAGCAUGGACCACGUCUCCUACAUUCUCAUCCUUUACUCCCUUGCCUUCCUCGUCUUCCUCUUCGCCAACAUCUGCAUCUACAUCUGGGACCGCAUCACCUCGACCAACGCCCUCGCCAAACCGCUCUACACCAACGGCCACGCUGUCGGCGGCGAAUCCCGCGUCAACGGCAGGACGCCUGAGGAUCAGCGCAUCCGCGACGCCGAGGAGUUUGAGCUUGAUGGGCUCGUGAGUGAUGAGGAGGAUGAUAGUGCGCAGCUUUUGAAGAGGGGGGAGACGAGAGAGAGGGCGAGCGGGGAGCCGGGUGUUUCGAUCUGA